AUGAUUGCCGCCAAGCGUCGUCGUGAUGGCUCCAUCACUGCAACGCCAACAGUGAGCCAAAGUAAUGACGCGCGUGCAUCAUCCUUUGUCCAAUCAUCUCCACUUCGUCAUUACCAGCGAACCAAGCAUCCUCAGCAACGACCUACCAAAAGAGUCGGUCUGCAUCUUCCCGGAAACAAUCCUGGCUCGAGUGCUCCGUCUUUCUAUGUACGUCCUGGCUAUCGACAUUCCAGCCUCUCUUCCGUUGCUGCUUCCGCUGUCGAUGUAGCUCGGGAGAAUGACAUUGAAGGGGAGCAAGAAGAGGACAGCGAUCCUGACGAAGUCAUCAUGUGCGUUGACAUGAGAGAAAGGGGCACCGUCGGUUGUUGUUAUUACGAGUCCUCUACGGGCAGCUUGCAUUUGGUAGAGGAUAUUCAAUUGAAGCUGCACAUUCAGCCCACGGUGGUCAUUUUAUCAAUGCGAGUGGACGAGACCGUCGAGCGGUACUUUGACCCAGAUGGAAGGAGUCGAGGUUCAGCCAACGGAGAUAGUGACCAAUUCUCUCUGCCCUACGUGCUUGAAUUUCGUCCGUCCCAAGAGUUCAGCUACGACGCUGGGAAGAACAAGCUCAUCAAUCUUCGCCUCUUCGCUGACGGCAGCCCCGAGAUUUCAUUCAUCACACCAGCAGAUAAUGAUCCUUACGAUGACUACGGCGAGGGUAUCGACGCAGGAUAUACAGGCCGUCAGGGUCAACUACUAAGGUUAUCAGCGUCGAUCGAUAUAGAAAGCCGCUUAACUAUCGGAUGUGCUGGUGCGCUACUCACAUACGUAACAAGGAGGAAAGCGGUCAAAUACCUGCCUAACGAUGUUAACCCAGGCAACUCGUUCCGUAUCUCCACAAUUGAAAUGUUCAGUCUGAAAGGCAUAAUGUUCGUCAAUGCAGACACCUUGGCCUCUUUACAGAUACUGCAGUCAGAAUCCAACCCAAAUACACACAGCCAAGGCCCAACGAAUGCCUCCUCUGGAUCGAAGGAGGGUCUUUCUGUCUACGGCCUCUUUCACCAUUUUGCAAGGACCCCACAAGGCAAAUAUCUUCUCCGGCAGUACUUUCUGCGCCCGAGUCUAGAUUUGAACGUGAUCAACCAGAGGCUCGAGACCGCUAGCGUGUUCUUGAGACCAGACAACAAUGGUCCAAUGAAUGGUAUCGUUAAGAGCUUGGGUCAGAUAAAGAACAUGAGGACGGUGAUGAUACAUCUGAGAAAGGGUAUCAGCAAUGGGUUGAGUAGAGGAGGUGGGAUUAAGAGCGGCAUCUGGUCGAGUCUCCGAUCGGUUGAUUUCGUCGCGUCUGCGGAUAUGCAUCGCACUGUGGUCAAGUCGGGUGUCAGCGCUGAGUUGGACAACAUGAAACGGACCUACGACGGCAUCGAAGAUUUGCUAAAUCUAACCUCUCAAGAAAUUGCCGCGACGAUACCGGCAAUCUUUAGUCUCGAUUUGAAUGUCAUCUUCUUCCCCCAGAUCGGCUUCUUGAUCUCAAUACCACUCAAUCCAGACACUGGUAGAGGCGACUGGGAAGGAGGUGAGAUACAGGAUCAGCACUGGGAUCGCAUCUUCUCAACGGCAACGAGAGUAUACUACAAGGAUUUCCGAAUGCGUGAGCUUGACGAAACGCUAGGAGACAUAUCAAAGGUGGUCGGUGAGCCAUUCUUCCACUCGGACUUCUGCCUGGAUGGCACAAAUGCUGACUCUAGCAGGCAUGCGUUGCAAGAGCUCACAGUUCCAGCAUAUGUUCCCAACGAUACCUUCCUUGUUGGAGGACCUGGCCCCCCAGACCCGACCGAAUUUCAAGAAGUCCAAGCUGGAAACGACGAGGCGACUAGGGAAGUCUUCCAGAAAACCAUUGACUCCGACGCCUUGGAAGGACCCAGCAUGCUGAUUAUGACCGGACCAAAUUAUUCCGGCAAAAGCGUUUAUCUCAAACAAGUUGCACUAAUUGUGUAUAUGGCACACGUCGGCUGCUUUGUACCGGCAGACCGCGCGAUUGUGGGGCUGACGGACAAGAUAUUGACUCGAAUUGCUACUAGAGAGACCGUAUCACGUUCUCAGAGUGCCUUCAUGAUUGACCUGCAGCAAGUUGCUCUUGCGAUGACGCUGACAACACACCGGAGCUUAGUGAUCAUUGAUGAGUUUGGCAAAGGAACUGACUCAAGCGAUGGUGCCGGCCUAGCCUGCGGCGUCUUUGAGCAUUUCCUUGGCCUCGGAAUUGACAGACCCAAAGUUCUGGGUGCCACUCACUUUCAUGAGAUAAUCGAAAACGGAUUCCUGCAACCUCGACCCUCCCUAACCUACGGCUAUAUGGAGGUGCGUCUCGAUCGUGAGGCAAAAGACCUAGAGGAUCAGGUAACUUAUCUAUAUAACUUUCGAGCCGGCCGUAGUAAUACGAGUUAUGGCAGCUGCUGCGCGACCUUGAACGGCGUUGACGCGACAAUCGUUGACAGGGCCAACUACCUCUUGGAUAUCAGUGCAAAAGGCGAGGACCUGGUAAUUGCAUGCGCGAAAAUCUCGGAGAAGGAAGAGAACGAGCUGAAGGAUGCCGAGGAGAUAGCAAGGCUGUUUCUGAUUCAGGAUUUUCGAAGCCUAUUCACCAGCGUCAAUGGAUCUCAAGAGGCUCGAAAUAUACUGGCAAAGCUGAUAUGGUGCAAGACCAAGCAAAAUUCAAACCUCGACAUCAGAAACAAACAAUGCCAUGGCAAAGGAUGUUCAGAGCCGAAAUCGGAAGGCUUUGGAGGACGCGUCUGUCUCUGGUGUGAUUUGCCAUUGCCACGUGAGCGUAGCAGAGCAGAAUCGAGACGCGAGUACGAUGCGAGACAUUUAUUCGCACGCAUGCACUCUUCAUAUGAUCAGCAUUCAGGGGAAGGGGCCGAAGAUGAUUUUAUUGACCCUGCUGAACAAGAGGCCGUCUGGGCUUCUUUCCCUUUCACUUCGUCUGCUUCGGAAAGGAUGUUAUCACCGAAGAAAGUAAAGGCAUCUGCUUAUGACCACUUCGAAGACGAGAGAAGACAGGAAGUUGAGCGUCUAUCGGAACGAAGACAGCUUACAGCUUCUGCUUCGGAGGACGAGAGAUGGCGUAGGUCCGAAGACUUACGUAGCUCUGGGUACAUGUGUCGUGCUUCUCCACCAACAAGGAUACAGGGCCCAAGCUUCUCACUCGCGGACCCGAUUGCAUCGACUCUUGCUCCAGAAGAUGACUCGUCUCUACCAAACUACGAACUCUGCAUUCUUUAA